UUCUGAUGGAGGCUUUCCACCCGAGCAAGCUGGAGAAGCACCACCACCAUCACCAUCAGCCGGUGGAGUUUUUGCCAGGCGGCGGCAGGUACGCGGCUAAGAGCCACAGCGCCUACGGGAACGCGUUUAACUCUUGGAAUGAUUACCUGGGCUUGGCCACUCUGAUCACCAAGGCGGUGAGCCAGGAAAAGGGCUUUCGGACCGGAUCCUCUUCCGUGGUUGUGGCGGCGACCGUGCAGCAGGUCCCGGCGACCGAGGAAGGCGAGGAGGAGGAAGAGGAGGACGAGGAGGAGGAAGAGGAGGACGACGACGAAGUGGGAGCCCCUUAUUUCGAGAGCUCCCUGGAUUUGCACGAUUUUGACUUGUGCGCCCAUCACCACCUUAACCCUACCGAAAGCCUGCUGGAGGAGCGUUUCGCCGAUUUUAGCCCCUUCUCGGGCAGAUCCAGCCCGGCGUCGGUGGUCUUCAAUUGCUCCCCCGACCAUCUGGAAAGAGAUCGCUCGCCUCACGCUUGGGGCGGCCGCCUGCUGGUAGAUGGCCGGCUACAAGCUGCCCCGAAAAGCGCCUCCAGGCUGCUGAAGCCGGAAUUGCAAGUUUGUGUUUUCUGCCGGAAUAAUAAGGAAGCCGUGGCCCUCUACACCACGCACAUCCUUAAGGGACCCGACGGCAGAGUCUUAUGCCCGGUGCUGAGGCGAUACACGUGUCCUCUCUGUGGAGCCAGUGGGGACAAUGCGCACACGAUCAAGUAUUGCCCCUUGUCUAAAAUGCACGGGAGCGCCCCCAAACAACCGCUUAAAAACGCCCGGCACAUCCUGGGCAAGAAGCUCCGCUAGGGGGCGCUUCUCGAGCCUUGGCCGCGUCGGUGUUUGUGGAGACAGGACUGCGGAUCAAAAGACAUUGAUUGGAUCAAGGAAAAA